AUGGCGGCGCCGUCGGUAGAGGCGGCGGCGUCGGAGGCACCGAAAAUUGGAUGCUUAGCAGCUUCAGCCACCUCAGCCCACGACUCCACCGACGGUGCCUCUGCUGUUCCCGCCUACAGUGUGGGCUCCCUGGCCUGCACCUGUGGUCCGGUCUGCCACGCCAGAUGGGCGCCUUUCGCCGCCGCCACGCCCCCACCUCCGGCCACCACUGUGUUCCUCCGUGGUGCUGGAGCCAAUGGACGCUGCCGUCACGUCGUCGCCGACAUCGCCCUUGGAGGUUGUUGCUCUGCCUCCUCGUCCGAGCAUACCCAGUGGCGGAGUCUUUCUCGUGACGAGAAAGGCAGGAGGCUUAUCCAGGCAGCUCAGGGCGGUGAAACGGAAGAGCUGAGGGCUCUGCUAGCAGCGGGGGCAGAUGUGGGGUCGAUGGACGGCGACAGGAGGACAGCUCUGCAAUGGGCAGUGUGGGAGGGACACGAGGAAGCGGUGACGUAUCUACUGGAGAGUGGAGCAGAGGUGAAUGCCCGGAACGUCAGGCACAACACGCCUCUGCACUCAGCCGCAAGUGUUGGCCAUGCGGCUGUGGUGAGGCUGCUUAUGAGGGCCUCUGCUGACGCCAACAUCAGAAAUCUAUCGGGAUAUACGCCGCUGCACUGGGCGGCACAAGAAGGCCACUUACAAGGGGCGACUGUGCUGCUGGAGUUUGGAGCCAACAUGGAGGCUAGGGACGAUGAGGGGAAUACACCCCGUCAGCUUUCCAGGAAGAGCAACCAUCAGCAACUGGUACAGUUGCUAACAUGA